AUGGUCCUAGAGCUCCACGUCUGGGGCCCUGGCUUCUCACUGCCUUCGGUUGAUGCGCAAUGUCUCGCAACAAUUGCCUAUUUUUCCCUGGCUGUCCCCAAAGACUCGUGGGUUCUUGUUGCAAGUAGCGAUCCAACCGUCUCUCCUACACAUGAGCUUCCCGCGCUGAAGAAUGGCUCGACAUGGGUGAGCCGGUUCCGCAAUAUCGUCGACUAUCUACGGCAAUAUUCAGAAGGCGCGUGGGAUUUGGACAGGAACUUGAGCGCUCAUGAUAGAGCGGAAAACAUUGCGUUCUCAUCCUUCGUGGAAUCCCAUGCCCAAGCCCUCCUCGACCUGUCCCUCUACGUUACAAGUCAAAACUACUACAACCGAACGUCCCCAGCGUAUGGCGCGAUCCUCCAAUGGCCGAACCAGUGGAUUCUACCUCCGCAGCUGCACGCCGCGGCCAAAACCCGGACUGAACCGCUCGGACUCUCAUCGCUAGAUCUAGAGGCAACGGAGGAACAACGGAAACGAGACCAUUCCGCCGCCGUCGCAGCUGGCCGCAUCCCUCAGAACUUCAUCUCACGCCCCCGAGAGACUGUAUCCAACCUGCUGGGGAAGUCGUCACAGCAGCAUCAAUUCCGGCUUGAGGCGCUGACGGGGGAUUUGUUCGUGCCGCUCGAGGAGCUCCUUGACGGCAAGACGCAUCCCUCGGGGCAGACACCAUCAAGCUUGGACUGCCUCUUAGUAGGCUAUCUGAGCCUCGCUCUCGUUCCGGAACUGCCCCACCCAUGGCUUCGUGAUUCAAUGCAGCGGAAAGCCCCACGGUUGUCACAAUAUGUCGAGCGCAUGCGCCAGGAGGUUUAUGGAACAGUAAAUGUGUCCGAUGCUUUCAACAGCGGCGCAGGGUCAUCGCUCCCGUGGCAAGCUCCUGAGCGAGCCAGUCUCGCCAGCAUCGGGACGUCACUGCUUACCAGCCUCGCUGACUCAACGCCAAUUCUCAAGGACAUUCGCAUGAACAACCGAUUACGUGAGGCCGUCGAAUCGCCCAACGCCGGGCUGUCUCAGGUCGAGAGCAAGGCGGUGUCUCAGUACGUGCAAGGCCAAGGCAAGGAUAUACUCCUCUCAGUCGCGACUGUAGUAGGAGGUGUUGCUGCGUUGGUCGGCUACAUGGCCCACACUGGCAUAUUCUCAGCGGCUCAAGAAGAGGAGAAGAAGGAGAAGGAGUCUGAAGACUUCCAACCUGCGAUGCCCGAAUCUAUGAGUGUUGCUGAUGCUCUCGGUUUUUGA